ACCAAGGGAAUCCAUACCUUGCAGAUGGUUGUCAAGGUAUUUGGCUUCAAUAUAGAUAAAACGAUGUUUUAUAUAUAAUAUUCUGUGUGAUAUUUGAAUGUAUACUUUUCCUAAUUUCUCUUCAGAUAUCAAUGAGUGUCAGAGUUCAGACCGCUGCAGCACAGAAGAACUCUGCGUAAAUCUACCAGGACAGUAUAAAUGUGAUCCCAAUCAAUUGAAGACAUCUCUGAGGUUUUUAAUUUCAUUUGGUAUCUUUGCAUCAGUCUUUGUGAUAGUGGUUGGAGGUUUAGGGUCGAUAUAUUGGGAAAUGAAGAAACGAGAGUACAUGAUUUUGAAAGAAAAGUACUUUGAAAAAAAUGGUGGUUUAUUGUUACAACAGCUUGCUAAUCAUCAUGGAGUGGAGAUGGCCAAAAUAUUUACUGCAGAAGAACUUGAGAAGGCCACAAACAAUUAUCAUGAAAGCAGAGUCCUUGGUGAAGGAGGUUGUGGAAUAGUUUACAAGGGAAUAUUGCAGAAUGACAGAACGGUUGCCAUAAAGAAGCCCAAAGUUGGUGACACAUCCCACAGUACUACCCCAACCCACUGCACUCCCAGUCAGCAGUUUGUUAAUGAAGUGAUUAUUCUUUCACAAAUCAACCACAUAAAUGUGGUGAGGUUAUUGGGUUGUUGCUUGGAGACAUCGGUGCCUAUACUCGUUUAUGAGUUCAUCACUAAUGGCACCCUUUUUAAGCACCUUCAUGGAGAUAAAAGGGGAAAAAGAUCAUCGCCACCACUUUUUUGGGAUUUACGAUUAAAGAUAGCAACAGAAACUGCAGGUGCAUUGGCAUACUUACACUCCUCCACUUCGAUGCCAAUAUUACAUCGAGAUGUGAAGACAAUGAACAUACUACUAGAUGAAAACUACACUGCAAAAGUCGCUGACUUUGGAGCUUCACAAUUGAUUCGACCUCUUGAUGAAAAGCAAAUGACAACUUUUGUGCAAGGGACACUCGGAUACUUGGACCCUGAAUAUUUUCACUCGGAUGAAUUUACAGAAAAAAGCGACGUCUAUAGCUUUGGAGUUGUCCUAGUGGAGCUACUGACAAGUAAAAAGGCAUUUUCUUUUGCUAGGCCAGAUGCAGAGAGAAACCUUUCAAAAUUGUUUGUUUCUUCGGUGGAAGACGGUCGCUUGAAGGAAAUUCUUGACACUGACAUGGUCGAUGAGGCAAAUAUUAAUGAUACAAUGGUACUAGAAAAUGUGGCUUAUCUGGCAAAGAGAUGUUUGAGAGUAAAAGGGGACGAAAGGCCUACUAUGAAAGAAGUAGCCAUGGAGCUAGAGUGUUUAUAUAAAGGAUUGAGUUCUAUUUAUGAUAUGACACAUAAGCAUUACUUUAUUUGUCAAGACGAGACUGAUGAGGACUUGCUGGGAUCAUCAACUUCAAAUACUGCUGACGUUGCUGCAGAUGUUCUUUGAGGUGAUGAGCCCCGAAAUCCGUCACAUGAAGAAGGUGUUGCAGGAGGGUGAUGCGUUUGUUUUUCCAAAAUGGACUUGUGCAAUACCAGAGGCUAUUGCUGCUCUCAGCAGCCAAGAUCCUGGUGUUGUAACAAUUGCUGCACUCAGCAGCCCAUAUUCUUGUGAAGGCUUUGCAAGUUCAU